UUCCUAUUGUAGAAUACGGAGACGUUUCUCCUCAAACACCCCACAUAAUUCAAAAUAUCAACAAAACACGUGUUUCUCGCACCCAUUAAGACUUAGCCCCGGCUGAAACGCUACCCCAACUAACUCUGGAGCUGUCGUUCGCUCGACAUGAAUCGCAAUAACAAUUUCCACGGUGUGAAUGAGGGCGGUCAGGGACAGGAGCGUCAGCUGGAUAUUAUGGAUGUAGACAUGGAGAUGGAAGCGGAUGGCACAACAAACGGUGAUCAGCUCAGUUCUGGGCUCAUGCUGAAGCCAUCAAGUAAAUCCCUAGCACCGACUGUAAGCGAUCAGGCGUUAAACACGCUUAAUGAGUUGCGUGAGGCCAAUUUGCUUUGUGAUGCCCAAAUUUCAGUCGGUGAUCAGGCAUUCAAUGUUCAUCGUGCUAUCAUGUGUUCAUGCAGUUCAUAUUUCCGCGCACAAUUCACAGGCUUCAAUGCCUGCAACCGCAACAGCGAGGAUAACCGCUUCGUUCAAAUACCCGGCAUUAGCGGGCCCAUAAUGAACUGUGUCAUCCAGUACGCCUACCUUCGCAAGACUAACAUAACAGACGAGAAUGUGCAUGAGCUGCUCAUCUGCGCCGACUAUGUGGGCAUGGUGGGGCUAGUCAAACAGUGCAAGGACUAUCUGAGCCGCACUUUGACGCCAGAAAACUGUGUCAGCAUCAUGGGCUUCGCUCGGUUUAGGUUUUUAGAGGACCUGCACCAAAAAGCACGUAACUAUACGUUACGCUACUUCACUGAAGUGGCCGCUAAAAAUACAGACAUACUGGACAUGAACAUCAAGGACUUCUACAGCAUAAUCAGCGAUGAUGAGCUGAAUACCCGCGAAGAGGAUUAUGUGUGGAAGUUGUGUGUCAAAUGGAUAGAUCGCGAGCCGGAAAAUCGCAAACAGCAUGUGGCACACUUAAUGACUGGAGUGCGACUCGGACUUAUGACCCCGAAGUGCUUUAUGGAAGAGGUUAAGGAGCAUCCCUAUGUCAUACAAUGCGAAGCAGCCAAGCCAUUAAUUGUCGAUACCUUUAAAUUCAUCAACAAUUUAUAUGUGCCUUACGAUAUGCCCUUUCAACCCAAGCUUACGACUCCGCCGUUGGCUAUGCCGCGUUUACCGCACGAGGUCAUCUUUGCGAUUGGCGGCUGGAGCGGUGGCACUUCAAAGGGUUGCAUUGAAACCUAUGACACGCGCGCCGAUCGUUGGGUUAACAUAAAUGCUGAAGAUCCAGCGGGACCGCGCGCUUAUCACGGAACGGCAGUAUUGGGUUUCAAGAUCUAUUCAAUAGGUGGGUACGACGGCGUCGAGUACUUCAACACCUGUCGCGUCUUCGAUGCCGUGAAGAAGAAGUGGGGGGAGAUCGCGCCCAUGCAUUGUCGCCGCUGUUAUGUGAGCGUCGCAGAGCUGAACGGUAUGAUCUAUGCCAUUGGUGGAUACGACGGACAUAAUCGAUUGAACACUGUGGAGCGGUAUAACCCGAGAACCAACCAGUGGUCCAUUAUACCGCCCAUGAAUAUGCAAAGAUCAGAUGCCAGCGCCUGCACUCUGAAUGGUCGUAUCUACGCCACUGGCGGGUUCAACGGUCAGGAGUGUCUGGAUAGUGCAGAGUUUUAUGAUCCACUGACGAAUAUUUGGACGCGAAUUCCAAACAUGAAUCAUCGUCGCUCGGGUGUAUCCUGUGUAGCCUUUCGCGGACAGCUCUACGUCAUCGGUGGCUUCAAUGGCACUGCACGCUUAUCCACUGGCGAGCGCUUUGAUCCAGACUCACAGACCUGGCAUUUCAUACGCGAAAUGAACCACUCGCGCAGUAAUUUCGGUCUGGAAAUUAUCGAUGACAUGAUUUUCGCUAUUGGAGGUUUCAAUGGCGUGUCGACCAUUUCACAUACCGAGUGCUAUGUGGCCGAGACUGAUGAGUGGAUGGAGGCGACGGACAUGAACAUUGUGCGCUCCGCGCUCUCGGCCAACAAUGUGGCAGGAUUACCGAACAAGCGCGACUACAUACAUAAGGAGCGCGAUCGCCUAAUGGAAGAACGACGUCAGCGUCUGAUGGCCACGGCGAUGGCGCGCGAGGAUAUUGGUAAUGCGAACCCAUCGCACUCAGUCGUGGAGACCAACGAUGUGGCCAUGGAUGACUACGAGAGUCCCAACGAGGAUGAGGAGGGCGAGGAGCUGCAGCAGCAGCAGUUGCCCGUACCCCAAGAUAAUCAGCCCGCAGCUCUGCCGCUGCCCCCCCUGGCGCUGCCUGUGCCAGCUGUGCCACUGCUACAGCCCGGCCCUGGAGCUGUAAUGGCAGCAGCCGCAGCACAGCCCGUGGUCAUUAAUCGCAUCAUUGAAGACCGUGGACAGGACAACAAUCGACGUUUCCGAGUUCAGCUGCGCAACCAGCGCUAUGGAUCGCACCAUGAGAUUCGUCGUCGCGCCUGAUUUCAAGCCCCCAGACUCAUCACAGUUUCUACUCCAUGCAAGACAUUUUAACUACUCAUAUGCUCAAAAAAAAAAAUGAACGAACAAAAUCAAAAGAUAUAGAUAAUGGGAAUAAGAAACAAAAUGAGCAGUCAACACUAGAGGAAGCGUAAGCGUGGGCCAAGGUAUUUCUGGUAGAGAAACUCGCAGCGUAGCCCACGUCCGUUCAAAUUUCAAUUGUUUUCGGCCCUACAACAACAAGUACAACUGAAACGCAAAUUGGCGAAUACUGUUGCAUAACCCCAAGCGCGACAGUCCCUUCACGUCUUUAACCACUUUGCUUAACUUUGGUAUACAGUUCCACACAAAUUGUACGUAUUUUGCAACGGACCUGUCAGCUAAAAUUCACAGCAGCUUUUAAAGCAUAUCAAAAUUAUUUGCAUACUACACACACCAAUACAUACAUAUUUAUAUACCAUAUACAUAUAUAAACAUACAAUAAACGCUGCGUUUUAAUAGUAAUUUAAAAAUA